CGCGACGCCGAGCCCAUUCAGUUGAAUAUCGCACACGGACCGAACCGCAUGCUCGUGUUAUCGCGCCACCGAGAGUCGUAUCCCUUUUUUGUUUGUUUAUAUUCCGGAUGGGCGAGCAAGCCACAAAAACCCAACCACAGUUCCGACUUUCGUGUUCCAAAUGUUCCGAUAUGCCAGAAUUAAAUCGCGCGGGUCCUGAACGAACUGCUUGCACUUGACAGCCAGAAGAAAAAAAAAAAAAAACACGCCGAAACCAAAACAGUACACACGCGGAUAAAUAUGUCAAAUUCUGCUGUCCAAAAUAAUCUGCCGUUUACGAACCGAGUCCAAGCCUACCUUGACCAGCAGCAGCAGCAGCAGCAGAACAAACACUUGAGUGACUAUCGAUACUGUGCGGUAAUUAGACUCAAAUAACGCCCCGCCCACGGCUCCCCAACGAGUGAAAACCGCGACGGGAAUCACCCGCAGCCACAAAUCCGACGCAACGGGUAGUGUGCAACGACGAGUGCAUCUACCUGCCCGAGAAAGUGUAAACAAAAACAGUGCGUGCGUGCGGAAUAAUUGUGCAACACGAAAAAGAAAAAAAAAAAGAGGAAGGAGCGACCGGGAGUAAGAAGUUCGGGGGUGUGAGAGUGUGCUAUUUAUCGUCAACUUAACGAAGCAAUCUGUCAAAUUAAUUUGCGACUGUCAACGAAAAGUAAAAACAUUUUCCGUACUGAUUUGCAUUUUUUUUUUUUCGUUUUCGGUUUUCCCGAGGUUUUACUAUCUGUUUUUUUUUUUGGUUGUCCACUCGGAAUUCGUCGAGUGUAUUUUAAAAGCGGAAGGUUACUUGUCGAAACUUGAAAUUUUAUCGCGGGUGAGGCGCCAACGUGAUUGUUUUUGCCGUUGAGGAGGAAAGCGAAAAUAAGAAGAAGCAAGGUGCGCCGAAGAAAUUGCAAGCAAUAGAAGAUUUUUCCGUUCCCGGUCUCUGGAAUUACAGCGUGCAUCGCAACGAAGUACUAGAACGGAAAACGGAGCAGGCGCAGAAGGGCGAACAAAGCGGAGAGUCAGCUGUGUGCGGCUGGAAGAAGGCAUCUAUAAGUUGGUUGUUUGGCCGAGUAGAUUGGAUAUUGCACCGUGGAGGAGGAGAUCAUAAGCAGCAGCAUCGGCGGCCUGCGGUUGGAGAACAAACAGGUCAGUUGGAAAAAAGUCACGCAGCGACAAAAAAAAAAACGAAAGGGAAAAUCGCACACCCAAUAAAACACAUUCCAUCCCGAGUAGUUGCAUCGCUCUCACACAUUUUAUUAAUCAGCCGUGUGCCACCCAGAAGCGUACCGCACAAAGCGCCACCGCCAGCAUCCAGCCAAACUGAGCAACGACGACGACGACGACGACGACGACAACGAGGAGCAAUCGAACCCCCAAAACAAACCAAUAAAUUAUCCCAAUCAAAUCGCUCGCUAAAGUGGACCACGUUCACAAAAAGCUCGUCGCGUUCGAAACGUCCAGGGAGGAGAGAUUUCCUAGACACCGUACGCUAUUAAACUUUGACCUUUGCGCGCGCUUGCAAUAAUACACUUUAAGAAGAAAAAGCCAGGCCGAGCCAACCCAGAAUUCAAUCAAUUGUGAUUUUCUACUGCAAGAGUAUCUACGUUUAACUAGAAAGUAGUAUGUAUGUUUUAUUUCGUGUUUGAGAGCUGAUUUUUUUUUAUUAUUGAAUGCUAUCAAAACGACUCCGUCUCCAGCCGUGUCUUGAGAAAAAGAAGCUGCACCGGAAAAUUUAAAACGCGAGUUCUUCACAAAGUGUAGAAAGGAGAAGAAGAAGAAUCCAAUCUGUGAUUAUUUUUGUUAAUUUUAAAGUAUCGCUUUUAAUCAACUUGGAAAAUAUAAAUACGCCGUAUACUACCUUAUUUGUCGCGCAAUUUUUGAGUGAGCCAGAGAAAAGAGUGAGAGAAGAGACGCUACAAAAUUCAAUACCUGUUUUUUAUUGAUAAUUUAUAAAAUCUUAAGAGCAAACGAGCAAAAAGACAACCGGCAAAAAUGUUCAACUCCAACCUCAGCCUGACCGUGCCGCCGCUGCUGGGCAUCGAUGGUGGCGUUUGCACCACGCCCAGGACGCCGGAAAUCCUCAACUCGCUGAUGGCCAUGUCAAGCCCCCUAGAUUUUUACUCAGGCGCUGUGACGCAGGCCAACACGACCACCUCCACCAACUCAGUGUCACAGACCUUCCUCGACAGCCAUUCCAACAGUUCCGAUUCGCCCCUGGAUUCGCCCGCCGGCCAUCGCAAGACUCCGAGCGUACAACAGACCCGCUCGCAACUGAUCAAGGCCGGCGUGAAGCUGCUGAUACAGAGUAAACGAAAGCACAGCGGUUGCGAUUCCAGCGAUGGCAACGAAUCUUCCAGUGGCGGCGGAGGAGAAGGGAGCUACAGUGGGGGAACAAAGCGGGGUGGUACUCAGCCGAAGAUGCGUCACGACACCGAUAACCUGACGAGUGAAGAUGACGUGGACAAUCAUCGAACCAACAGCUCGUCGACGGGAGGUGGCCCCGGUAGUGUCAGCAGUCCUCGUUCGAUGACUGGGGUAAGAUUGACUCCGGAUGACGAGGAUCGUCGCCGAAGGCGUCGGGAACGCAACAAGAUUGCAGCCACCAAGUGUCGGAUGAAGAAGCGCGAACGUACCGUCAACUUGGUCAACGAGUCGGAAACGCUGGAUGCGCAGAACAAGGAUCUGAAGCAGCAGAUGGCCGAGCUGGAGAGCCAACGGCGGAAGCUGAUCGAGGUUCUGCAGGCCCAUGGUCCGACUUGCGUCCACCAGAAAGGUUACCAACCCCUGCCCAGCCUGUCUACCAUUACGAACAACAACUGCAAGUUUUUGAAUGACCUGAACUUCCUCGACAGCACUGCGGAGGAGAUGAAGUACUCGGAAUGUCUCAAGUCCGGUGGUGAACUGGGUGAUUUCUCGAAACAAGACAACGUGCUACCUCCCGGUUAUUGCAAACUAUCUCCAACGGAGGUGACCUAUACAACGCCUACCGAUGUCAUGGCUGUCAAUAGCUUCGCAACGCAACAAACGUUGAAAUCCGAAUACAUUCCAAGCAGCCAAGCUCGACCGCCCCGAGCCAAACCUGGACCCAAGCCACGGCAAAAGGCCACGAACGCAGCCAAGCGUUCGGUAACUAUCACCAGCACGACAGCUACGGUAACGGAAACUCUUCCCUGCACGGUACCGGUAACUCUAACGAGUGCAGACUUCAUCCUGAAGAGUGAACUCAUCGAUACCAGCAGCCCGUAUACCACGGUCCAAUCGGCCGAUCGCUUCCUGUUCGAAAACUCCCUGGAUCUGUACAACAACAAUAACAACGACAGCAAUACCCUGGACGGUCACCAUACCAACGACAGCGACAAGCUAGCCUCCCUAGCCGUCAAGGAUAACACUUCCAAUGCCCUGCUAGAGUUCAGCGCCAGCUUCGACACUACGAUUAGCAAGCCUUCCGACUAUGGACUUCUACCAACGCACCAACAUCAGCACAAUCAACACCUGCACCAGCAUCAACACCAUCAACAACAACAACAACAACAACAACACCAACAUCAGCAGCAACAGUGCCAUCUGCAGCAGAACAUGCACCAGCAACCUCUGCAGCACAGCCUCCACCAUCAAAUCCUCUCGCAUACGGUGGGCAUGCUCGACAGUGGUGCCAGUAUCGUGACCAACGAAUUCCUAAUCCUGCCCGAGCAUGACGUCAGCGAGUUCACCGACCUGGACAGCGGAAUCACAUCCUAUGCCAACAUCAACGGCGGCUGCCUGGCGUGACCUCCGCCGUCAUCGCCGCUGCUGCCACCGUUACCGUUGAUGCUGUAGUCGAAGGGUCAAAUCAGUAAGAACGGAAUGUUUCAGCCAUGUUGUAUAGGGAAAACAAAAAUGUUUGCCAAAAUUCUCGUACUAGUAGGCGUUGCCAUGCGCCGCCGCCCCCCAGUGAUCGCAGUUACCGUACUCGUUUUUAAUUGUAUUUGUUUUUAUGCAUACAUGAAUCGUACGCGUUACGUUUUUCAUAGCUGUGUGUGUGAGUGUGUUUGGUAGUCAGUCAGUCAGUCAGUCGGUGUUGUAUAAGGAAGCUCUUGAAGAAGACGCAAAACAAACUCAAAAUAAGGAAUUUUCCGAGAAAAAAAACAAUCGGCUAUAAGCCGGAGUUUGUUGUUUAUAGGUUAUGUGAGUGAAACGUAAAAGUCUCUCGGUCUCUCUCUCUCUCUCAGAAUCGCUCGAAGUGUCAUCAGUGAAUGUGUGAAUGUAUGUGUGAGCGCAAACGGUUUUAUUUAACUUUUUUUUUGUAGGAGAAAGAGAAAGAAAUCUUUUCUGGAAUUAAAUUUUCAUUCACAUAGUAACUUUACAAAAACUUUUAUGUAUUAGUGCAGUGUACGUGUUAGGAUUCUUUCUAUUAUUUUGUAUACAAAACCAGCAAAAAAUGCAUUCCUUAUUUGAUUGUAAGUUUUUUUUUUUUGGUAAUCCUAUCUCAGUUUGUAUUUGUUUCGCCAUUUUGCAUUCUUUCUCUUUCUCAUCUCUCUCAUAGAUAACGGAUAGAUUUUAAAUUUUAAAUAUUUACUAUAUCAGCAUAUUGUGAUAUUUGGUGCCCGCUGCGAAUGAACUUCCAGAGUGAUUCGGGAUUUUUUGGGCGCAAUUACUUUUGUGAAAAAAUGGCCUCAAUCAUCGAUUUCUCGCGUAUUAAACCUCGUAUCUGCUGCAUUCGUCGAAACUCUUAGCUUGCCUUCGCAAACUAACACCACCAUAGGGAAAUGAUUCCCCAAUCGUUGUUUACAAAAGCAGAUAGGUCCUUUUGAAAGAUCAUUCUUGAACUGCUCGGGCAAUCACUCCCCCUACCUGUUUGCGUUGUUAGUUUUUGAGGAGGAGCUUCUAUUCGCGAGAAAUCGGUGAUUGAAGAGUCAUUGUUUACAAAAACAGUUACGCCCAAAUCUCGAAUCACUCCUGAAUUCCACCUUACAGCUUUGAAUUGACAGCUGUAAAAGAAAGCAAUAACAAUGUCGUAAGUGUACAGGUUCAAAGUUCAUUUCGUUUCACCCAGGAUAUACCUGUGAAUUGGUUUUGCUGAUGGAUUGAGUGCCAGGAACGCGGCACACCGAAAUAGUAGGCCAUGAAUCGGAUGUGCGCUAAUGUGACAGCUGUUUGUUUACAUUUAUCUUAAGACUAACUGCGCCGUUCGCUCUGUUUUGGUCCAAGUUAGUCAGAAAGUAGACACCAACGCUUGCCGUUGGUGGGUUACGGAAGAUUUCUGACCUGUGGAGUUACUCCUCAUGCCCUUCGACAUGAGGCCUUUGAAGUCCUGUGGAGUCAUUUUAUAAGUCGUGUGGAGUAUCCUAGUAAAUCCUAUGAAGUAGCUUCUGAGGUCCUGUGAACAAACCCCCUAAAACCGCAUUAAAUUUUGCAGAGUGGUUAUAUGGAUAAACCUGUUCAGUCCCCAUUGAUUCUCUUAAUUCUUGUGCAGUAGUUCUUCAUUCCCUGUGACCAGAGGCCUUUGAAGUUACUUUUAUAGCAACAAAACGGUAGCCUUUCAAGUACCAUGGACUGGAGUAGCUUUAAAGUUCCUGAGAAGUUCCUUUUGAAGUCAUGCGGAAAAACUCCGCAAGUCUUGCAGAGAAGUUUAUUAACUCCUGUUGAAUAACGCUUGAGUGGAAUGGACCCAUUAAAUAUUGCGGAGUGACCUCCUAAGUCCUGUGGAGAAACCCUGGAAAAAUCUUGCGAAGUAGCUCCUUCAACACUAUUCACUAUUCCCUCAAACUGUGUGGAGUAGCCACUUGAGCCCUUUGAACUGAUCAUGCCCUGUGAUCAAGCUCUCGUGGAAUUACUUUUAUUGCUUUGAUGAACAGUCAUUUAAGAAUUGUGCUGUAGUCCCUUAAGUCUUGCGGAGUACUUCACCAUGCCACUAUGUGACUUGAGACCUUUAAGGUCCUGCGGAGUUACUUCUGAAAGCUUGUGGAGUAGCCUCUUAAGUCCUGUGAAGAUGCUUGCUGAGUGACCUCUUCGAUAAAUCCUUAAAAACCCUUUGCGGAGUAGCUAAUUAGGACCUCUUCAGCAGCACUUUGAAGUAAUGAUUAGCAACUCUGAAAGUCCCGCUGAACGAAAGAUCCAUUAAACUUUGUGGAGUGACCUCUUCUGCCCUGUGGAUAAACCCUCAGUAGCUUCUUCAAUACCGUUGAGUAAUACCUUAAAGCAAUUGGAGUAGCCACUUGAGUCUUGUGGAACAGCUUCGCAGGUCCUGUGACCUGAGGCCUUAGAGGUCCUGUAGAAAAACUACGUCUGAAGGAUUCUGGAGUAGACUUAUAAUUUCUCUGAAGUUGUCUCUGAAGUACUAUAGAAUUGUUGCGUGUCAAACGAAGCCCCUUAAAACCCUUCAUGGAGUUGCUAAUUCAGUCCUCUUAAACAACACCUUAAGUCUUGUGGAAUAGCUCCUUAAUCUCUGUGACCUGUAGAUGAAGUGGAGUUACUUCUGGUAUUAUGAGGAGCAUUUCUUGAAGCCAUGAUCAGCACUCUUGUG